UCGCCGUGCGUAGAGAAGUAAAAGUUUGAUUUUAGUGCAACAACUACCCCAAAUUUGGUGAAAUCUACCAAUUCCGCGUAAAGUACCAGUUCAUUGCUAAAUUGAACAGUAGUAAGGAACGAAAUAGUGUUCUGGCAGUGCGUGUAAGAUCCAGUGCGCAGAAGAAAUACAAACAAAACAGAGGCAACAUCGUCAUCAAGAAUAAAACAGAUUGUAGAUAUUGCAAACGAGUGACUCAUCGCCCAGCUCGAUCAGCAGUAGCGCGAUAAGCGAGAAAAUUAGCAGCUGACGACAUAUUCGCGUUGCGUUGUUUUAGAGGGCAUACAGUAUUGGGCAAUCGAGUCUGUUUUGAUUGGGAGCAGUGUGUGAAAAGCGAAAAUGUCGCUAAACACGGCACACGCCAAUAACGGCGUACUGAUACACGCCGCUGAGGGAAUACUUAUCUUCAGCGAUCAUGUGACGAUUGAGUUCACGGGCCACAACAAUGGUGCGAUGAAGGGAGGCAAGCAGGGUCGUGUGUACCUAACGACUCACCGGGUCAUCUACAACAGCAAGAGCGAAACCGAUGCGCUCCGUUCCUUCAGCAUGCCGUUCGUGUCGAUGCGCGAGGUCGAGGUGGAACAACCCGUCUUCGGGGCGAACUACAUCAAGGGCAAGGUGCAGGCACAACAGCACGGCAACUGGGAGGGUGAGGCGAAGUUCAAGAUCGUAUUCAAGCACGGUGGUGCGAUCGAUUUUGGACAGGCGAUGCUGAGGGCCGCUUCCAUCGCACAACGGAACGCGGGCAAUGCUCCACCACCACCGUACACUCCGCCCGGCGGUGAAUGGUACGCGGCCCCGCCGCCUGCAUACACCCCGAAUCCGUACGGUUACGGGUGGGUACCGGGUGCAGCCGUUUUCCCCGAACAGCCGCAACCCAACUCGAUCUACAUGCACGACAGCCCACCGCCGUACCCGGGAAUCGUACCGGGCGGUGGAAUGCAGGGUCCGCCCGGUUACAGUUACCCACCACCGCAGCAGCAACAGCAGUUUGUCGGUGGCUAUCCGCAUCCACCGGCAAUGGGUGGUUAUCCGGCGCAGGCCGGUUUUGUUACCGGCCCGGGUGCAGGCUAUCCGAAUGGGAACGUCGCACAGGGUGGUUAUCCGCAACCGGGACCGUCGAGCGGUGCGAUGGGCUUUACGGCACCUCCGCAACCACCGCCAAACUCGAAGGAAGCGGAAGCGGCCCAAAGUGCAUACUACGAUCCGAACAGGCCACAAACGGCGUACGUUCCACCUCCGGCAUACUACGAACCACCACCAAGCUACAGUUCGCUCAACAAGAAGGAACAAUGAAGGAACGUAUUUUGUUUUGUUUGCCUUAUGCUGUAAAGCACUAUCCCCGCUGGAGUUACAUAUAAAUCCCAGCAACUCCCACAUGAAUUAGAGUGGCCGGGAACGCCGGAAUGAGAGAUGGUGUGCGCGGGUGUGGUGGUAAGGGUUGUAUAAUUUGUUUUGCCACUGUUUAGAUUUUAUCGCCGUUUUUCUCUUGCUGCUGCAAACAAAUCGAUGUUUUUAACGCGUCACACAGCCGGGUCGAUCACUUGUGCUGCUCCCAAAUUAUUAAUUGCCAUUAAAGCAUUCCUGUGAACGGGCAUAUUUAGGGCACAGUUUAAUCCUUUUUCUCGGUGCGGCGGCGUGUACGUGUGUGACCCGAUUUGCUGCUUAAAAAAAACAAACACACCGGUGUAAAAUUGUAUUCGAAUAAUAAAUAAUCUAUAUCUUAUAUACU